CCAAUCUGCAAUUACUAGUGCUCGAAGGGUCUAAAAUACCCGAUUAACACAAAAACGAAAAAGGAAGACGCUAACCCACAAAACUUGAGCAUGAAUAUGGUCCUUUUUUUUUGUUGGUAAAUAUGAAUAUGGUGUUUUAACAUCACGUGAUCCGUUUUUGUAUAAAAUCGUACACCAUUUCCUUUAUUCUCAAAACUGGAAUAGAUCCCUCCGAACGGCUCCUUGAAUAGUCACUGCUGCAUUUUUUCCCAACUCCAAACCAAGCUUCAUAUUUUUCGCGAAAUACCAGAAGACAAGACAUCAACUUCAUUUCCUUCCAGACUGAAUAUACUGGUUUUAUUAAGCAAGAGGGUUGCUUCUGAUUUGGCCAUCCUGCCAUGGCUAAUAAUUCUCACUUCACUGGCAUGCAGAUUCAGGUCUUGUCCUUCGAAUUAAUUUAGGCAGUUGUGCAUGGAUACUCUCAACAUUGUUGCAAUGAUUGGAAAAUCAACUAAAUGUGAUUGAAAAGUAGUUAUAUUGCUGAUUUCAUCUGUUCUCCCUUGCAUGAAUGUUGGUUGAGAAAGCCUCCUAUACCGCCUUUGGCUGGUCCUCCAGGUCCUCAUCAAGGUGCUAUUCCAUCCAUGUCGCUGCAGCAGUUCCAGCCUAUGCUUCCACCCCAGCAGGCACAACCAUAUGUUUCCGGGCCAUCUCAACAAUUUCAGCCACUUGGACAUACAAAUGUUGCAAUGCCUCCUCAACCUUCACAAAUCCAAUUUCCUCAACCAAUGCAACAGGUUGCUGGUAGACCUGUAGUAGGAGGACAUAUCAUGCCUCAAGGACCACCUACUCCCCAUGAUUUUCAGCGAAAUAGGCCUGUCACUCCUGUUCAAGCACCACUUCAGCCAAAUCUUCCAAUGUCAAAUAACCACAUGCCUGGUGCAGGUGGCCCAAGUUUGCCAUUAUCUUCUUCAUAUAAUCAGGUAAAUGCAGAUUCUUCCAGCUCCCAGUAUCAGAUGCAGACACAUGAUCAUAGUUUUCCGUCAGGGGGACAACCCUGGAUGUCAACAAGUAAUCAUAAUGUGAACUCUGUGACAAAUAUGCAGAAGACUGGGGAACUAGCAGCCCACUUGGCUGUUCCAGAAGCUGUUUACGGGGUUGACUCUGUUGAGACUGCUCUGUCAGAUUGGAUUGAGCAUGCUUCUCGAAAGGGGAAGAAGUAUGUGAUUACCUUCUUUUCUUGUCUUUAAUUCUUGGUAACAUGU